GGUCGAGCUGGGCGUCCAUCAAAACUGAACAUCGCAAGCAGUCGGACUGAAGGGAACAGGUUGAAAAGAGAGGCUUGUAUAUUCAAAUACUGUUGGUUGCAGACUGUAACCGGACCUAACACGCAAACUGGAAGGGCUCAGCGCAGCGUGGGUGCCCAGGGAGCCACUGCCUGAGUGCGGGGAAAACAGCGGCCGAGACCCCAAAGACAUGAAUCACACCAAGGGUGGCCUGGUCAUCUUCACUGCCAACUCGCACCCCGCCAGCCGCGAGCUGGGAAAGAGGAUUUCAGAGCGGUUAGGGGUGGAGCUUGGCAAGGUGCAGGUGUACCAGGAAGCUAACAGAGAAACGCGGGUACAGAUCCAAGAGUCGGUGCGCGGCAAAGAUGUCUUUGUGAUCCAAACAAUGUCCAAGGAUGUGAACACCACCAUAAUGGAGAUGCUGAUCCUGGUGUACGCGUGCAGGACGUCCUGUGCCAGAAGCAUCACGGGCGUCCUCCCCUACUUCCCCUACAGCAAGCAGUGCAAGAUGAGGAAGAGGGGCUCCAUCGUCUCCAAGCUUAUUGCCUCUAUGAUGUGUAAAGCUGGUCUCACCCACCUGAUCACCAUGGACCUCCAUCAGAAAGAGAUUCAAGGCUUCUUCAACAUCCCAGUGGACAACCUGAGAGCCUCCCCCUUCCUGCUGCAGUACAUACAGGAAGAGAUCCCUGACUAUAGAAAUGCUGUGAUUGUGGCCAAAUCCCCAGCCUCUGCCAAAAGGGCUCAGUCGUUCGCCGAGCGACUGCGUCUGGGUAUAGCGGUGAUCCACGGCGAAGCUCAGGACGCAGAGUCAGACCAGGUAGACGGGCGCCACUCGCCGCCCACAGUCAAGACCACCGGAGCCAUUCACCCCAGCAUGGAGAUACCAUUGUUGAUCCCUAAAGAGAAGCCUCCCAUCACUGUGGUAGGAGAUGUAGGAGGACGCAUCGCCAUCAUAGUGGAUGACAUCAUCGAUGAUGUGGACAGCUUUGUGGCCGCAGCGGAGACGCUGAAGGAAAGAGGGGCCUACAAGAUCUUCGUCAUGGCAACACACGGCCUCCUCUCCUGCGACGCCCCGCGGUUCAUAGAGGAGUCGGCCAUCGAUGAGGUGGUGGUGACCAACACGAUUCCCCAUGAGCUCCAGAAGCUCCAGUGUCCAAAGAUCAAAACGGUCGACAUCAGCAUGAUCCUGUCGGAGGCCAUCCGCCGCAUCCACAACGGAGAGUCCAUGUCCUACCUGUUCCGCAACAUAGGGGUGGAUGACUGAACCACACACACACACACACACACACACACACACACACACACACACACACACACACACACACACACACACACACACACACACACACACACACACACACACACACACACACACACACACACACACAACCAUUUGCCUUUUCACAGGUCUUCAGAAACAUAGGUGAUUGUCAAACACUGAAAUUGCUGCACACACACAAACAUAUCCAUUAACUACUCAUAUCAUAAUAUCCCCCCAAAAAAUGCUGACCCUUUCCUUUUAAAUGCAGCUUAACAUAGAAGAUGACUGAACACACACAUGUGCACAUAGAUGAUUGAAACACACACACACACACACACACACACACACACACACACACACACACACACACACACACACACACACACACACACACACACACACACCUGUGUCAUUAAUGAACUACUGCCUGUCUCUCCAAUGGCUGCCCAUAAACUGUACACAUCUCGGGUUUAUACUCAUCUCUCCAUCUUGUCUAGAUUUGUUUUCAUAGAAAUUAAUAUUGUAAAUCUGUGGCUCUUAGAACAUUUUUGUUAGCUUUGAAUGUCUCUUGCAGUACAAUCUCCAAUAGUAUGAGAAAGAUUGCCAGUGCCUUCUACAGGACAUACUCCCAACACGCAGGCCUUCCUUCACUACUGUCAUCAGAAGUGUAGAAAUCUCAGCAAACUGAUCUAAUUAUUAAUAAACGGCCCUUGUAAUUAAUACAGGUUCCCAGCUAAUUAAUUUGAGUAUCAGAGUGCAUGUUUAACCCUCUUGUCAGAUUUUUGUUUAUUUAUGUGGCGUCUGAAUAUGCUACUAAUAUAUAUAGUUAGUUUAGACAGUGUGGUUGCCAUAGCAUGAUGCUAAUCUGGUGUCAAAUCUACUCGUUGCUAAAGUUGAACUGGAAUUAACAGGAAGUAUCUUCUCAGUCUGGGUUAAUUGGAUGUUACUGUAUGGCAGUGCACUCGUAAAAUAUGUACUCAUGAGUCAUCCGUUGUAACAUUGUGCCAUCGUUUCAAUGCCUGCUCAAAUUUUAUAUUUAUUUUUGCGACAAAUGAGUAGUUCCCUUCCAGCUGGAGGGCUCCAGUUGGAGUUGGAGGGUUGUUCUAAAUCAUAUGGAAAUGAAUAACGAAUCUUUGAUCAUUAUCAAGUUUACUUCAACACACCAUAUAUACCUGAGUUUCAAAGAAUGAAGUUCCAAACUGCAGCUAAAGCUAGAAAAGUACAUUUCAAAACCUUUUCUGAUGAGCAAAACUUGACUGAAGCAGGUCUUUGUCACUUUACCAGAUGUGUUUCAAAAAUGUUUUGUAUUUAUAUUCCGCACUUCAUAUGAAUAAAUAUGACCUAUGAAAGUAAA